AUGGUUAUUAAACAUCACGUUACUGGCUAUGAUAAAUUUCUCGAAUUUAUGGAAAAACUCAAAGUCGAUGAACCGAUAUUUGUGCUUUACAGUGGUACAAAACUUGAUAAUGGAAAAAGUUGGUGUCCUGAUUGUGUUGAAGCUGAGCCAUUUAUUGAAGAAGCUGUUAAUACAGCACCAGAAAAUUCACACUUUAUUCAUGUUGAAGUAGGUGAUCGGCCAUUUUGGAAAGAUUUAAAGUGUCCAUUUAGAAUAAAUCCCAAGACAAAACUCAGCUCUUUGCCAACAAUUUCCAGAUGGGGAACACAAAAAAAACUUGAAGGAGAACAUCUUCUUGAUGUUGAACUUAUUAAAAUGUUACUUCAUGAUGAUGAUGAUUAA